UCUCUCUCUCUCUCUCAUGCAGCUUUGUAAGAAAUCAAAGCUGGAACCUUUCAUUUACAUUACUAAUGAUUCUUAAAGAUUAGAUUUUGUUCAUUUCACAAACCAAUGUUUUUGGUUUAACACCACCAGCUUGAGCCACUUAAACACAGCAGGUUAGAUGGACACAUCUGUUAGAUGUCUUAUCAACAGUAUUUCUCGAUUCAUCCAUCUUAUUUCUUGCCAGUCAAUGAAAGUUACUUCUAUUCAAAAUGAUUACAAGAAUAUAGCUGGUGUGUUAAAACUUUUGAAACCGUUGCUGGAUGAAGUUGUUGAUUACAAAAUACCUUCAGAUGAAAUCCUAAAUAAAGAGUGUGAAGAACUGGAUAUGGCUGUUAAUGAGGCUCGGGAAUUCAUGGAGAAGUGGAGUCCGAAGAUGAGCAAGAUUUGCAGUGUUCUACAGAGUGAGGCUAUCUUGAUGAAAAUCCAGAGUUCUUCACUUGAAGUAUGUCGUGUAUUGUAUAGACUAUCGCAGUCAUCUCCAUUCAGUUCAAGUACGUCUGUUGUUCAGCAUUGUAUGCAGGAAAUACAUUGCUUGAAACAGGAAAGAAUUACAGAACAUAUAACAGAGGCUCUGAGAGGUCAACAAGAUGAUAUCCUUUCUAGCACUGAUCACCUUGUUAAAAUUAUUGAAUCACUUAGUUUGAAAUCAAACCAGGAACUGUUGAAAGAAAGUGUUGCUGUGGAAAAGGAGAGGAUAAAUGCUCAGGUAAAUCAGAGUAAAGGAGGUUUACAACAAAUCGACCAAAUUGUGGAUCUCAUCUCCCAUAUUCGUGAUCGCAUGUUUAAAAUGGUGCGCUUUGAAGCAACAAGUGGAGUUCCAAUCCCUUCCUACUUCCGCUGCCCUUUAUCUUUGGAACUCAUGUUGGACCCGGUGAUCUUGGCUUCUGGUCAAACUUAUGAGAGGGUGUUUAUCCAAAAGUGGCUUGAUCAAGGGUUGACCGUUUGCCCAAAGACUCGGCAAAUACUGACACACACAAAUCUAAUUCCCAAUUACACUGUCAAAGCUAUGAUAGCAAAUUGGUGUGAGGAAAACAAUAUAAGGCUUUCCAGUUACUAUGAACAUAGUAAUCUUGUCUCAGUCUUAUCCCCAUUGGAUCGUGUGUCUGCUCAAGAUUUAAUCCGCACAGAUAGUUUUCGUUGUUCUUUACACAGUAGUAAUUCCACGUCAAGAUCAUCUCUUGAUGCUGGAAAUGGGUUUGAAAAGCUGAAGGUUGAUGUCUCUUCCAGAUUAAGUGGAGAAGAAUUGAAUGGAUGUCAAAGUAGAGAUACUGGAAAGUCUGACCGCCCAUCCCCUGAACAAUCAUAUGUACAUAGCAGGACCGAAUCAGCUUCAAGUGCCAUUUCAAGUAUUGAAUAUAUGCCUCCAGCAUCAAAUGAGGUGUCAAGGAAGUCUAGUAAGCAUGAAAAAUUGAGUGAGGUGUCAGGAGAGAUCAUAUCAGAGCGACCUGCUGCUUCACCAUCAAAUAAGGAAUUAGGAUUUUCUCCCUGGUUAUCGGGAAAACAACACCAGGGCUCUGAAACAGAAGUAGAAGUGGCCAGGAGUGGACAGCAUAAUUCUAGAGGAAUACACGCUGUUCCAUUUUCUGACUUCGGUUCUGAUGAAUUGACCACAACCUCUUAUGUCAAGAAAUUGAUUGAAGACCUUAAUAGCCAAUCAAAUGACUUGAAAACUACAGCUGCAGCAGAAUUGCGGCUUCUUGCAAAGCACAACAUGGAGAAUCGCAUCAUUAUAGGCAAUUGUGGAGCUAUCCCACCAUUGCUUUCGCUAUUGUACUCAGAAACACAGCUGACCCAAGAGCAUGCUGUCACUGCCCUUUUAAAUCUAUCAAUUAAUGAAGACAAUAAGGCCAUGAUUGCGGAAGCAGGUGCAAUAGAACCACUUAUUCAUGUUCUAAGAUCAGGAAAUGACGGAGCCAAAGAAAAUUCUGCUGCAGCUCUGUUCAGCCUCUCUGUGUUAGAAGAAUACAAGGCAAAAAUUGGUCGUUCUAGUGCUGUCAAAGCUUUGGUAGAUCUUCUAGGUUUUGGAACUCUAAGAGGUAAAAAAGAUGCUGCUACUGCUUUGUUUAACCUUUCAAUCUUUCAUGAGAACAAGGCUCGAAUAGUUCAAGCGGGGGCUGUGAAGCAUCUUGUUGACUUGAUGGAUCCUGACGCUGGGAUGGUGGACAAGGCUGUUGCUCUUCUUGCAAAUCUAUCGACCGUUGGUGAAGGGCGCUUGGCAAUUGCACGGGAAGGUGGCAUCCCAUCUCUGGUCGAGGUAGUUGAAUUAGGAUCCCAGAGAGGAAAGGAAAAUGCAGCCUCCAUACUGCUGCAGCUGUGCCUUCAUAGUCCCAAGUUUUGUACUCUGGUUUUGCAAGAAGGAGCUGUUCCUCCUCUUGUUGCUUUAUGUCAGUCCGGCACCCCUAGAGCAAAGGAAAAGGCACAGCAGCUUCUCAGUCACUUCCGGAAUCAGAGGGAAGGGGCCAUGGGGAAGAAAUCAUGAAAAGUUAUAAAUUUAAUUGGAUCCUUUAUUUUUCUCCAGAUAAUUUUGGUUUCUACUUGAUAUAGCUUGCUCUUCCUUGUUAGAUCCCCUUAGGAGUGCCUUUUUCCUAUAUAUUAUAUAGUUAUCAACUAGAUCCAUUUGCAAUGUACUACUAAUUCUUUCAUUUUCUUCCUUCUUUCUUUUGAUAGCGUACUCUCGAAUGUGUGCAGUCACUUAUCUUCUUCUUCUUCUUUUUUUUUUUUUUUUUCUCAGUUUACAGUAUAAUUUAUGUUGUAGUUGGUUUUGUCAUUACGAUUGUAGAUAUAUUGUACAUAAUAUUAUAGACUUCUGUAAUCUGCUACGCAAUUUAUGUUAAUUAUUUUUGUGGCUUUA